AUGGCUGCUGCAAGAAAUACUGCUGCUGAUACAAAUCAGUCUGGAAGUUAUGUUUCAUCACGAACUGCACAAUCAACUGAUAUGACAACACCACAUACAGAAGCGGUAACUCCGGCACGACGUGUGGUUGUUAUACGUAAUACAAAAAAUCCUCACAGUGCUCAAGGACAUGUAGAUUUAAGUGAACUCGGGAGAUCUAAUUCUGAUGAAAAUCCUGCAGUGACUACCGACGGCAAUAAAUUAGUUUAUGUCAUGCGACGACCUAUAGGAUCAAAAUCAUCAUCAAGGCCACCACCACCAGCAGAAUUGCAUCAAACCGUUCCAGAGUCAAUAAAUACUACUCAAUUGCAACAUGCACGUACACUAACUCCUCCAAAUGAGACUGCUAUUUCAUUUGAUGAUCAGCCUCGAUCACCAAGUCCACAUCAUUCACCGUCCAUACGACCAAAACAUCAUACGCUCAUUACGACGUCACCAAUACAAACUGAAAAGUCGUCAUCCUAUAUACCCUAUCUAAGACGGCCGAGAUCAAAAGUUCGAACGCCAAGUCCACCUCCUAUACGAACAACAAGUUAUAAACGUAGUACAUCACCAACACAAGCUGAACAUUAUCAAGGAGUUGUACCCUAUCUGAGACGAUCAAGAUCAAAAGUUCGAACGCCAAGUCCACCUCCUAUACGAACAACAAGUUCAAAACGUUCUGUAUCACCUUCGCAAACUGAAAAUUAUCAAGAAUCUAUACCCUAUCUGAGAAGUUCAAAAUCAAAAAUUAGAGCACCAACACCAAUCGUAGAACAUACUAAUUCUGCACGUUCGCCAACUGUGAACGAAGACAAAAUUGAUGAUAUAGAUCCUCAACAAACUUUUACAUAUUAUUCAUUACAGAAUAUAAAUGAAUCGAUGAAUACAUCAAGUCCUGUCAUGGUUGAAAAUGAAGAACAUACAACACAAAAUUAUAAUGUACAAAAUAAAAAAGAUACUCAACGUACAACAGCAGCAAGUUCAGCAGUAAAAUCAGCCAAAUCUAUUGUACUGAUCAAUCCUGAUGAUCAAUCGAUUGCUGUUGUUGAAAAUUCAUAUACAAAAGGUGCAAAAUCAGUAAAGAUCGCUCGAUUUAUUGAAAGAGAUGAUGAUCGAUCCAGUGAAAGCUUAUUGAAAAGAUCUCCACGACGAGGAUGCCUUGGUUGUUUAGCAAGACAUAUGUGUUUAAUAAUACUCAUUUGUUUUAUUCUUAUUUUUAUUGGUUUAGCCGGUGCUGGUGUUAGUGCUUAUUUUUAUGUCUUAAAUUCAACGGAUAAUUUUAUUCCAACAAUUGCUGGUAUGGCUGCUGGUGGAGCUUUAGCUUUGGCUGCAUUAUUAUUUCUAUGCAUCGUAGUCGCAUGUAUUGGUUCACACGAUGGAUAUUUUAAUUACAAUGAUGAUGAAAAACAGGUUGGUGGUCGAGCAUUUGCAUUCAUACCUCCAACACAUCCAAAUGCUCAUCUAUAUAUUCCACGUGAUUAUGCGAAACUAGUUGAAAAUGGUAAUCAACUACCCAUGGCACCGAUGCCAGCACGAGCUUCGUCGAAUUUUGUAUAUGGUCACCAAUCAUUGAUGGCACCAGUAUCGACUGUGUCCUAUACUCCCCAACAAGCAAUGAAUAGAUCAAAUAGAUCAACUAUUACAGUAAAUAAUAAAUCCAAUAACGAUAUUAUUACUAUUGAAAUGCCUGAACGUCUUGUAACUGGACGAGAAAUGUCACCAAAAUCACGGGAACGUAAUUUAAAUCAAGUAGUUAAAAAUAUUGGUCACGUUGUUGAAGAUUCAAAGAAAAAAAAUAAUGGAGAUGCACCCAAGAAAGUUAUUAUUCAAAUUGAAAAGAAUAAAAAAUAA